GUGUGCCCAGGCUGGUACAGGGAUAGUGUGCCCAGCAGGUUAUGGAUGUGGGACAGUGGCACCGGCUGUGCUUAUACAGAGGCUGAUUAACAGGAGAACAGACGGAUGGCACAGAGGGAGCAGCAUGCCAGAGCACAAGGGAACCCUGACACCGGAAUAUGCUUGUGUACUGGCAGACCUAAGAUCACAUUCUAGUGGGAGCAUCACAGGGCAUGAAUCUGGCAAAACACAAAGGGCAACAAAGUAACCCAUGGCUAGUGGUACCAGCCACAGUAAAACGGCAUCUAUGGAACAACUGGUCAUUAUCAUCGUUCUCUGUCUCCCGAACUUCCUGGCACUCUGGACUCUCGGCUGCCCGGCAGAAUGCCGCUGUUACAGUAUGACUGUAGAGUGUGGGUCCAAGGGCUUAAAGACCAUCCCAUCCAAUAUCCAUCCUUCUACUCAGACAGUGUUCCUACAAGACAAUGCUAUCAUCCAAAUUCAGCAGCAGGACCUGUCUCCUCUUUCUGGACUUCAGUACCUCUACAUUCAAAACAAUACCAUCUCUGGGCUGGAGCCGGGAGCCUUCAGAACACAGCAGAACCUUGUAGAAUUGGCUCUCAAUGGAAACCGCAUUCAUCUUAUCAACAGCAGCAUCUUCAAAGGCCUGGAGCAUCUCAGAGUGCUUUACCUGGCAGGAAACCAAAUCACCAGGCUCCUGGCAUACACCUUUUGUGACCUACAGAGACUUCAGGAGCUGCACUUGCAGGAGAACAGCAUUGAGAUACUUCAGGAGCAGGCAUUUGCUGGGCUCUCGUCACUUGCCCUUCUGGACCUCAGCAAGAACAAUCUGCGCACUGUGAGCCGUGCCUCCCUCCAACCACUGAUCAGCCUGCAGGUGCUGAGACUGACGGAAAACCCUUGGCGAUGUGACUGUGCUCUUCAUUGGUUGAGAUCCUGGAUAAAAGAAGAAGGUAAACGUCUCCUAAGUUCAUUAGACAAGAAAAUAAUCUGCUCAGAGCCACCAAGGUUGUCUCACCAAAGCCUUUUGGAUGUCUCAGGCAAUAGCCUUGUUUGUAUCCCUCCUGUGGUGCUUGUGGAUCCCAUGGAGAUGACAGCUCGUCUAGGGGAUGAACUAAGAGUCUCCUGCCGAGCAACAGGAUACCCUCAACCAUUGGUUUCUUGGAGAAAGGUUGCACAUGCCCGUAGCAGCCCACCCAGGGUUAAUGUGAAGUCUACCAACAGUAAAACAUUUGAGCUGAGUGAGAGGAGUGUGGGGGAACAGUUUGAUUCUGACACUGGUAGUGGCAUGUUGUUUUUGAACAAUAUUACCAUGUCCCAUGCUGGUAAAUAUGAAUGUGUGGCAUCUAAUCCUGGAGGAACUGCAAAGGUUUUAUUCCAUUUGACUGUCAACUUGUCCAACCAGCAAUCUCGGUCCUACACCUCAGUAGAUAUAAGCCAAGAACCUUUAUAUGAUAUGGAAAGCAUGGAAUUCAAUGCCCUAAGUAUGGCUACUCAAACAGCAAUUGCCAUUGGGAUAUCUUUGCUGGCACUCACUGCCCUACUCCUCAUAUUUAUGAUCUACAGAAAGCACCACAAGCGAAAAAAAUCCAAGAAUGAGGAGAAUAUCUUAUAUGUCAAUGACUACUCUGAUGGGCCAACCACCUUCGCCCAACUGGAAGAAUACAGGGACGAACGUGGCCAUGAGAUGUUUGUGAUAGACAGAAGUAAGGCCCAUUUCCCAACCUAUAAAGACACAGAAGGUCUGAGUAGUUUUAAUGGUCUACCUGAUCUGGCAGAUCAACUGCAAGACCAGGGAACACAGACACCAGAGGAAGAAGCCGAGCGUCAGAUUAAUGACAUAUUUUUAAACCAAGGAUUUCUGUUUCAGCAGCAGAUUGCUUAUGAAAUACACUGUUAAAUCAUAACGUAUCAACCAAACAAAAAACCUCUAGGGCUGUGAUUGGAGAGAGACGAAUGGUGUAGGCCAAGAGGCAAUAUACACACGGUGUCGGCAAUUUUCAUACUGUUUAGCUUUUCUAUACUUAAUACUCAUUUUACAUUUGACUCAACACUUUAUUGUUGGAGAAACCAGCAUUGCUCUUUGGAUAAUGCUCAGGCAGUGAAUGGGACUCUAAGAAACACUACAUGGAAUUAAAAAAAAAUGAUGUAAAAUAAAUGCAGAGAUGACAAGGUCCUUGUGGAAAUAGCCCUGAAUAAAUUAUUCAGACAGUGCUCCGCAAGGCGCCCUAGCUCAGAACAGGGUGGUAUAACUUGAGAUAAGAAAUUCAUUUCCUGAUGAAUAUAAAAUCUAUUAAAUUCUGUAUUGUUACACAUUCAAAUUAUAUUCAUAUAGAAUAAUUGUACAGGUUUUCCACACUUUUCCUUUUUUCUUGUUUAGUAUUUAUAUAAAAUAUAUUUGAUUUGUUUAAUAUUUUUACAUUUA